CGCUGGCUUUCAGCGGGGGAGGGUUUAGCUAGACGGUUUAGUAGGGGCGAUUAUUCCCGGAUUAAAAGUAGGCAGGAACUGCGGAAGGAAAACUGAGAGCGUGCCCUCGAAGUUUUGGCGCAACUUUAUUUUCAAGGGUUCGACAACACACCUCCCUGGAGAGGUUUUUCAGUUUAUGGAAUACAAAAACAAAGCGAAACUAGGCGUCAGGCCUGUGGCCAACUAGCUAGCAAACUGUUAGUUUAGCUAACGUUGCUUUCUUCACAUAGCUCGCUAUCCACUAGGUGUUGCCACCGUGCGUGACUAACUUCGUUAGCUUAGCUAGCUUUGUGUUGAUACAGACCCUGUUAGUUUUACUGCAAAUGUGUCUUAUUUUUCAAAAGUUUUAGAAAGUUAUUGCUAAGUAGUUAUCCGAGAGCAACAUUCUCUGCUAUCCUUCGCUGAAAUCAAAGUUGAGCAGCAGUGUGUGUUUUGGACAAAGUGAUUGCGCUAGCCAAGUUAAUUUGACAGGCGUUUGUUUUGUUGUUGAUCAAACGUCAAAUAGCGGUCACCCAAGCGUCCAGGCAACUGUCAUCGGCUCAGAAGAAAGAGACCACCGACCGGAGCGAACCUUUUUCCAUACCCAACCCGCCAGGACCCACUCUCGUCUGCGGCUGGCCCCAGAAGGAGCUGGCCACACGGCACUGCCUGCCCAAUGGAGGAACAUGACAACAUGGAUUAUUUUUACCAGCAGGUCCUGCAGAAAGACGUUACCCGCAGGCUGCAGGUCGGGCAGGACCUCAUAGACUACCUGAACGACCCGCAGAGGUCCACCGAUGUGGAGCAAGACAAACCACGGCUGGAUAAAACCGUAGACGAGCUGACGGGAUGGGUAAACUCCAGCAACUACAAGGUGGCGUUGUUGGGGAUAGACAUUGCCGGGGCGUUCGUCGAUCGCUUGGGGGAGCGCUUCAGAGGAUACCUGGGAACAGUGGUCCCAGCAUUAGUGGACAGGUUGGGGGACAGUAAGGACCAGGUCAGAGACCAGAGUCAGACUGUCAUCCUCCGCUGUAUGGAAGUUACAGCAUCGCCUAUGUAUGUGUGGGAGAGGUUGCUUCCUGGUUUUAAACAUAAGAAUUUCCGCAGCAGAGAGGGGGUGUGUCUGGUUCUCUGUGCCACCCUCAACACGUAUGGUGCUCAGCCUUUGAGUCUCAGUAAGAUCGUUCCGUACCUCUGCACUCUGACUGGAGACCAGAACCCACAGGUGCGUGAGGCUGCCACAGCAUCGCUGGUGGAUGUGUAUCGCCACAUAGGAGAGAGAGUCAGAGCUGACCUGGGAAAGAGAGGCCUGCCUGCCACACGGUUACAGACAAUAUACGGGCGUUUUGAUGAAGCGUUGAAUUCUGGGAACAUGGCGCUCAGCCCCAGUCACGACCAUAGUUUUGAGGAUGAUGCGGACAGUACGGAUGGGAACCGUGCUCAGGCUGCCUUCAAAGUCCCCAAAAUCCCCAAAAAGCCGGCGGAGUCUUCUACUGCACGCAGACCCAGCGCUACAGGAUCCAAGAUCGGCGGUGCGUCUAAGGAUGGAGCCGGAGGCAUCGAUGAGGAAGACUUCAUCAAAGCCUUCACUGAUGUCCCCACAGUACAGAUCUACUCAUCUCGUGACCUGGAGGAUAACCUGAAUAAGAUCAGAGAGAUCUGUUCUGAUGACAAACAUGACUGGGACCAGAGAGCCGCCGCAAUGAAGAAGAUCCGCUCACUGAUUGUUGCCGGGGCAACUGAGUAUGAGUGUUUCUUCCAACACCUGAGGCUGUUGGACGGAGCGUUCAAACUGUCAGCUAAAGACCUCCGAUCACAGGUGGUACGAGAGGCCUGCAUCACUGUGGCCCACCUGUCGACAGUGUUGGGUAAUAAGUUUGACCAUGGAGCCGAGGGCAUUCUUCCUAUCCUGUUCAACCUCAUCCCUAACUGUGCCAAGGUUAUGGCUACGUCAGGGGUGUCUGCUAUACGCUUUAUCAUACGGCACACACACGUUCCCAGACUCAUUCCCCUGAUCACCAGUAACUGCACCUGCAAGUCUGUGGCCGUCAGAAGGAAAUGUUUUGACUUCUUGGACCUGCUGCUGCAGGAGUGGCAGACCCAGACUCUGGAGAGACAUACAGCAGUGAUGGUAGCGAGCAUUAAGAAGGGGAUCGCAGAUGCCGACGCAGAGGCCAGAGUAGAGGCCCGCAAGGCAUACUGGGGUCUGAGGAACCAUUUUCCGGGAGAGGCGGACACUCUGUUCAACUCGUUAGAACCUUCCUAUCAGAGGAGCCUCCAGUCGUCACUCAGGAAUGCCGGGAGCGUGGCGUCGCUUCCUCAGAGCGACCGCUCCUCUUCCUCUUCACAGGAGAGCCUCAAUCGUCCUCUGUCGUCUAAAUGGUCAGCUGCUCCUGGAAGAGUCCCAGCGGGUCAUAAGGGUGGGGCGUCGCCAGGCUCCCUGCAGCGUUCCCGUAGCGAUGUGGAUGUUAAUGCAGCAACAGUUGCUAAGCAGCGGCACAUCGGGCAGGUGGGGGCGGGGAGACUGACCCCCGGCUCCUACUCGUCAUUGGAUGAUGCCUCUGAUAAAAUGGAUGGGGCCAGGUCAGUCAAUGGACGUCUGAGGACCAAGCAGCCUCUCACCACGGCAACCAGCGUCAGCCAGGUGGACUCCCGGGGACGCACCCGCACCAAGAUGGUGUCCCAGUCACAACGUUCCGACGAAUCAGAUUGCACGCCAGGAUCUCAGUCUGCUACCCCCAUUGGUGCCGGCAGUCGGAGUGGUUCCCCGGGCCGCGUCCUGACCAGUACAGCUCUGAGUACGCUUGGUUCCGGAGCCCAGAGGGUCCUAGCUGGGGCCGGAGGGGCUGGGACAGGAGGGAGACGUAGCCGCAUCCCCCGCAGCCAGGGCUGCUCACGAGACUCCUCCCCUACACGCCUGUCUGUUGCUCCCUCCAGUAUUAGUUCCAUCUACAACGGAGCAAGCAGAGGAGCUCGGGGCAGUCGUAUCCCUCGGCCCAGUAUGAGUCAGGGCUGCAGCAGGGAGGCCAGCAGAGAGAGCAGCAGAGACACCAGCCCUGUACGCUCCUUUACACCCCUGGCGUCGCGGCACUACUCUCGCUCCACUGGAGCUCUCCACACCGCCGAUGCUUUAGGGGCCGCAGGGUCAGGGUACAGUAUCAGUCAGUCCAGUCGUCUGUCCUCAUCCGUCAGCGCCAUGAGAGUCCUCAACACAGGAUCUGAUGUAGAAGAGGCCCUCGCUGACGCCCUGCUGUUGGGAGACAUGAGAUCCAAGAAGAAGCCAGCACGGCGGCGCUAUGAGAACUAUGGGAUGUAUUCGGAUGAUGACGCUAACAGUGAUGCGUCCAGCGCCUGCUCAGAGCGCUCCUAUAGCUCCAGGAACGGAGGAGUCAUCCCUACGUACAUGAGACAGACUGAAGACGUGGCCGAGGUGUUGAACCGCUGUGCCAGUGCUAACUGGUCGGAGAGGAAGGAAGGGCUACUGGGUCUACAGGCUCUACUGAAGAACCAGCGCACCCUCAGUCGUGUGGAGUUGAAGAGGUUGUGUGAGAUCUUCACCAGGAUGUUUGCAGACCCCCAUAGUAAGCGAGAAUCCGGAUCUAGGGUCUAUGGAACGGCAGAAUCCGGUAUAAGCUCAGCCUCCUUCAAGAGAGUGUUCAGUAUGUUCUUAGAGACCCUAGUGGACUUUGUCCUGGUGCAUAAAGAAGACCUGCAGGACUGGCUGUUCGUCCUGCUCACCCAGCUGCUGAAGAAGAUGGGAGCUGACCUACUGGGAUCAGUACAGGCCAAGGUCCAGAGAGCACUGGACAUCACACGAGAGUCUUUCCCCAAUGACCUCCAGUUCACUAUCCUCAUGAGGUUCACUGUGGACCAGACUCAGACACCCAACCUCAAGGUGAAGGUGGCCAUUCUGAAGUACAUUGAGACCUUGACCCUGCAGAUGGAGCCUCAGGACUUUGUCAACUCCAGUGAGACGCGCCUGGCUGUGUCUCGCAUCAUCACCUGGACCACAGAGCCCAAGAGCUCCGACGUCAGGAAGGCUGCCCAGUCAGUGUUGAUCUCGUUGUUCCAGUUGAACACUCCAGAGUUCACCAUGCUGCUGGCAGCUCUGCCCAAGACCUUCCAGGAUGGCGCCACCAAACUGCUACAGAACCACCUGAGGAACACAGGCAACGCUGCACAGGCCCCGAUAGGAAGCCCUCUGACACGCCACACCCCCCGCUCUCCUGCCAGCUGGUCCAGCCCCCUCACCUCUCCUACCAACACAUCACAGAACACAUCCUUACCCAGUGCGUUUGAAUACGACACAGAGAACAUGAACUCAGAGGACAUCUACAGUAGUCUGAGAGGAGUUACAGAGGCCAUCCAGAACUUCUCCGUCCGUAGCCAGGAAGACAUGAAUGAACCGGUCAGACGGAGAGAAGGAGAGGAGGGUGGUACUGCUGGUGCUGACCAGGUGGAUGGAGGUCGUACUGCUCUGGACAACAAGACGUCUCUCCUCAACACCCCCCUGCUCUCCUCUUCUCCCCGGGGGUCCCGUGACCCCUUCACAGACUCCCCCUUCAAACACAGCGUCAUAGAUACUUCACUAGAUGAAUCAGACCAGCAAACUGACGACAGCAGCAUUGACCAAUCGGAGCUAGUGUCUGAGCUGUUGAAGGAGCUGUCCAAUCACAAUGAGCGUGUGGAGGAGAGGAAGGCAGCGCUUUGUGAGCUCUUGAAGCUGAUUCGUGGAAACACCCUGCAGGUCUCCUGGGAUGAACACUUCAAAACCAUCCUCCUGUUACUACUGGAGACGCUGGGGGACAGAGAGCAUGUGAUUAGGGCAUUAGCUCUGCGUGUUCUAAGGGAGAUUCUGAGCCGCCAGCCCUGGAGGUUUAAGAACUAUGCUGAACUCACCAUCAUGAAGGCCCUGGAGGCACACAAGGACCCACAGAAAGAGGUGGUGCGAGCGGCAGAGGAGACUGCAGCCAUGCUGGCGUCGUCCAUCAGUCCAGACCAGUGUAUCAAGGUGUUGUGUCCCAUCAUCCAGUCAGCUGACUACCCCAUCAACCUGGCUGCCAUCAAGAUGCAGACUAAAGUUAUAGAGCGGGUCCCCCACGAUGGACUAGUCAGCAUGCUGCCUGAGAUAGUCCCCGGACUCAUACAGGGUUAUGACAACUCUGAGAGCAGUGUGAGGAAGGCCUGUGUAUUCUGUCUGGUGGCCCUCUACGCAGUCAUAGGGGAGGAGCUAAAACCUCACCUCAACCAACUGUCUGUAAGCAAAUUGAAGUUGUUGAAUGUGUACAUCAAGCGUGCCCAGUCCGGCUCCAGUGGUGGUGAGCCCCCAGCAGACAACCUAUAGAACAGACUAACAGAUGAACAGCCCACAGGACAACUAUGGAGCUGCACUCUCCCUCUGGAGACUUUUAACACGUACACACAAGGACACACUCUUACAUGGAUGCACAAACACACACUCAUAUGCAUACAUGAACACACACGUGCACUUACUUACGCGCUUACAUGAUCACACAUACGCUUAUACGUACAUCUGCUUACACAUAAACAUGCUGAUAAGAAGGCUCUCUGAGACACACACACUGUCCUGGACACACCCUCCCAUUACCUCCAAGUCGCCUACUGCAGUGCACUCUGCAAUGCACUCUGGGAGGAGAGGAGUGUUGUAGUUCCCCUCACUAACGUUGAAGAUCCAACCUGCACUCUGAGAUUCACCCCUGACCUCGACACACCUCGCCCUCUGACCCCGAACUCACUCUGAAGCCUCAACGCUAACGGUUUAACUUCCUGCUUUGAGUAGAAUAGGGGAGGGGCCCGAACAGCAGCAUGAUGUAGCCACACACCCCAGCCAGGACGAAUAGAUAGAGGGAGGGAAGUGGGUAGAGGAGCACGUGUGUGUGUGUGUGUGUGGAGGGGGGUGUAUAUCUGUGGUCAGUCAGCCUGUUCGUCAUAGUGGUUGAGUGUGUUUUAGCCCCUGAAACUCUAAAGGCAAAUCUGAAAUGGCACCCUAAUCCCUACGUAGUGGACUACUUUUGGCCAGAGCUACAUAGUGCCACCACAUAUGGCUCUGGUCAAACUAUAAGGAGUAGGGUGCAAUUUCGGCUCUAAGCAUUCUCUGUCCGUCGAAUGGUGCUGGUUCCACCCUGUGGCAGUGGGAACAUGGUACGACCUUCCCUGCACAGCACUAACGCUCAUAAGCCCUCAUAAGCGGGUCACAGUAGAUCAUAACUGCUCUUAGCAGCUACGUAGGCAGUGAGUGUGAGGUAUAGGAGGCGUAAUGUGCUUGGCUAUGCAUGACGAUGAUUUUAACAAUAUAUUUUUAUCCGGAACCUAUUAACUGUCACUGUAGAAGGGAGGGGGUGAAAUUUAAGUUAAUGAUGUCCGCCCCUUUCAGAGAACUCCAUGGUACCUUCCACUGCUCCCGCCAUGUCUUCGAUGAGCUCAUUUCAAACAGAAAGAGGGGGAAAUGCUUAUAUACAUCAAAAUAUGACCAGACAUGGCUUAUUAUUAUUAUCACCUAGUGGAUAUAUAUCUAUACAUGAUAUUAUAAAAAAUGGAAUAAUAUCCGAUAACGACGUCAUUAAGGAGAGUCCCUAAAGGGCGUGUGCGCUCUGCGUCCUGAUCUGUUUUUCUUUUCUGUUGCGCGUGCCCUAGUCUCUCACGUUGGUUUCUCUUCGGGGAGACAUGUAUUAUUUACUGAUCUGAGAAACUGUCAAGUCACCUUUCACCCCCUCCUCCUCUUCUUCCUCUUCUCUCUUCUGCUUCCUCUUGUUGUGUCAUUCUCUCCCUCUUCUUGUGACAUUCUAGUUUUCACUGUGUUGUUUCCCUCAGUGCAUUUACAAAGCUGUGCUUACAAUAAAAUGAAAAAUAAAGCAAACUUGUACAGACCAUAAUAAA